ACGCGCAAUGAAGGCGAUCUGCGCUCUCACCGUGACCCUCCUGAUUCUCGGGGUGCGCGCCAGACCAUCCCCCCAACAGAGACACGGAAAGUCUCUGGCAGAUUUCCUCUCCCACGAUGUUUCUUCGUCCGAGGAGCUGCUCCUCCUGGAGAGCAUGGAAGAUCUGGGGCUCCUGUCCUCGGGGCCCCGUGCCCGAGACUCCCCUCUCCCCGCAGACUCUGCCCAGAUCCCCCACGGCCGGGCCUGGCUACGGCUCUUCAGCGACUUCCUGAGCAACCAAAAGAAGUUCCGCGGGCGCACCAAGAAGUCGGGGAGCUCCCGGGGCUGCUUCGGGAUGAAGCUGGAGCGGAUCGGAGCGAUGAGCGGACUGGGCUGCUGACGAGCCGGAAAACAGGUGGAUUCCACCGGCAAAACGAUUCCCCCUACCCCGGGGAAGAUUUACCCCCCCACACACACACCCUCUCAUACGCAACUCGGGUCUACUUGGACCUCUAACGAUGAAUGCAACGGACGAGAUAAUAAGACGGACCUUUUUCAGGGUCUUUUCUGUGACGCGUGUAAAGUGCAGCCCCCUUCAUCUGCGUAAUAGAAGGACACCCCCUUAUCGCACCCAGCGGGGUUCCUGGCGGAGCUGCCGGCUUCACACAGGAUAAAUUUCUUUUUUUUUGUUUGUUUUUAUAUAUAUUUUUUUUUUAAUCGACGAAGGAUCCUUUUCCUGAUAACGAUGUUUUAUUGUAACUCGAAAUAAAGAAUUCUCAAACCGUUUGUGGAUUUGUAACA